UUGGCCGCAGAAGCAACGCUGAAGGGAGCGUUUGUUCGGGACGGGGAAACCGUGCCGUUAUGUCGAGCCUGUAACAGUUUGUACUACUCAUAAAACUGGACUUAAACCCUGCUGGAGGAUUUUUGUUUUUUGCCGUGCUGUUAUAGGAUGUCGAUACAGUCGCAUUUCAAUCGAUACAACGCCCCAACUGUGAAGUUUGACGAAGUGGAAGCGUUUAGUGUGGAAGGAAGAGAAGCCGCUGUGUUUGCUUGAGGAUCCGCGCAUACUCGGUCUGGAUUGCAUUCUCAAGAUCACAGCUGCAGGCCAUUUACUGAUGGGUAUAUACUGUGAGGCAACACUCCAAGGGAACUGCACCUCAUUCAGAAAAGACGAGAACUGUGAAAGAAUGAAGACAAGCUAGAUUCGCCAUAAAACUGUUAAAAGACUAGCUUUAUUGGACACAAACCUGGAUUCAAUGCACAUUCAGAAAAACCUGAAAAGUAGCUUUUCUGGUUGAAGAUAAUCUGCAAAAGAACACGGUCACACAAGUUAUCAGUAUGAGUGCCGAAGGAUAUCAAUAUAGAGCGCUGUAUGACUAUAAGAAGGAGAGGGAGGAAGAUAUAGACCUGCAUGUGGGAGAUAUUCUCCUGGUAAGCAAAGGUGCUCUAGUGGCCCUUGGGUACACUGACGGACUGGAACAGAGGCCAGAUGAGAUUGGAUGGCUGCCAGGCUUCAAUGAAACCACUCAGGAAAAGGGUGACUUCCCUGGGACAUAUGUCGAGUACAUCGGAAAGAAAUGGAUAUCUCCCCCCACACCCAAGCCAAGGCCCCUCAGACCUUUACCUGUUGCACCAGGUAACUACAAGGAGACAGACUCUGACUCUGAGCAAGGUUAUCUGUUGGACUUAACAGAACAGUUUUCUCCUCCAGACACGGCUCCACCAAUGCUGGCCAGACUGCUGCAAACUAUUGAGAAAAAAGGUCUGGACAAUCCCACUUUAUAUCGCACAUUUACUGCUGGUGCUGGCCAUGAAGUGAGGCAGCUUUUCGAAUGUGAUCCUUCCUCAGCAGAACUAGAUCAGUUGGAACUUCCAGUCCUUUGUGAUGGUCUGCACAGGUAUCUUCAGGAUCUUCCACAGCCCAUCAUCCACUCUGCAAUAUGUGCUCAAAUGGUCCUCACCACGAAAGAGGUGGUGAAUACUGAGGAAUGUGCCCAGCUGCUACGUCGCAUUGCCAGCACCCCGAGCCUGCCUCCGCAAUACUGGCUAACUCUCCACUGUCUGCUCAGGCAUUUCUCUAGAGUGUGUGAAAACGGCUCUAAGAACCUGCUCUCAGCUAGAACACUGGGCGAGAUCUUCAGCCCUGUGUUUUUCAGACAGCAAGCCACCAGUUGUGAACCCAGCCUGGAUGCUCACAUCAGGAUCAUUGAGGUUCUGGUGACCAGUGAAUGGAGUGAAAUGCAAGCUGCUCCAGCUCUACCUCCUAAGCCACCCAAGCCCACAUCUGUGACUAACAACGGUAUGAACAACAACAUGGCUCUACAAGACGCUGAAUGGUACUGGGGCGACAUCUCAAGGGAGGAGGUCAAUGAGAAAUUGAGGGACACUGCAGACGGUACGUUCUUGGUACGAGACGCCUCGACAAAAAUGCACGGAGACUACACUCUGACUCUAAGGAAAGGAGGUAACAACAAGCUCAUUAAAAUAUUCCAUCGGGAUGGGAAGUACGGCUUCUCAGACCCACUGACCUUCAGCUCAGUCGUUGAGCUCAUCAACCACUAUCGCAAUGAAUCACUGGCUCAGUACAACCCUAAGCUGGACGUCAAGCUGCUGUAUCCCGUCUCCAAACACCAGCAGGAUCAGGUGGUGAAAGAAGACAACAUCGAAGCUGUUGGGAGGAAGCUCUGCGAGUACCACCAACAGUACCAGGAGAAGAACAAAGAGUACGACCGUCUGUAUGAAGAGUACACCAGAACGUCACAAGAAAUCCAAAUGAAAAGGACGGCGAUAGAGGCGUUUAAUGAAACCAUAAAGAUCUUUGAGGAGCAAUGCCAAACACAAGAGCGGUACAGCAAAGAGUAUAUCGAGAAAUUUAGGAGGGAAGGCAACGACAAGGAGAUCCAGAGGAUCAUGGGAAACUAUGAAAAGUUGAAAUCAAGGAUAAGCGAAAUUGUGGACAGUAAGCGUCGCCUGGAGGAAGACCUGAAGAAACAGGCAGCAGACUACAGAGAGAUCGACAAGAGGAUGAACAGCAUCAAGCCCGAUCUCAUCCAGCUCCGCAAGACCAGAGACCAAUAUCUCAUGUGGUUGACCCAGAAGGGAGUCAGACAGAAGAAACUUAACGAGUGGCUUGGAAUCAAGAACGAGAACACAGAAGAUCAAUAUUCUAUGGUGGACGAUGACGAAGACCUCCCGCAUCACGACGAGCGGUCCUGGAAGCUGGGCAACAUCAACCGACCGCAGGCGGAGGCUCUCCUCCAGGGGAAGAGAGACGGAACAUUCCUGGUUCGAGACAGUAGCAAAGCGGGAUGCUACGCAUGCAGUGUUGUCGUGGAGAAUGAGGUGAAGCACUGCGUCAUCAACAAGACACCCUCAGGUUAUGGCUUUGCCGAGCCAUACAACCUGUACAGCUCACUGAAAGAACUCGUACUUCACUACCAGCACACAUCUUUGGUCCAGCACAAUGACUCUCUGAAUGUGACGCUAGCGUACCCGGUAUAUGCCCAGCAGAGACGGUGAGGGACCGUAAGGGAUGUAUGCAUUUGGACACAGAGAAAAGGCCUCAUGGUUGGAGUUGGAGAUGCAUUUUGUCCUGUGACUCCGUGUAGAGAACAAGGCUCUGGUGCCUAACUCGGACUCAAGCUGAGGAAAAAAGACGCAAUAAAGCCUGAAACAUUUCAACGACUUUGCCUGACCACAAGCCCGAGGCGAGUCUGAAUGUAGAUCUCUCUUUUUUGCUUUUUUGUGGGAGCACAGAAUGGAGCAGAAACUGCUGUUACUCCCCCAGUGGAGGACAUAUGAGGCCUUUUCCCAACGGUGCUUGUUCUUUUUCAAAGCUUUACCAGCCGGAAUGUCGAUUCGCAGCAGACAAACUCUUCAGACGAAAACUGUACUCACCGGCCACGACGUUCUUGUUUUUUUCCACUUUGUUUUUUUUCCCUUUUACUUCAUUUACGUGUGUCAUUGUUUCUGCACAAGUGUUUGUGUGUAUGUAGUUGUGAGCGUGCGUGCGUGUGUGUGUGUGAUUGUCCAUGUGACCAAAACUCAUAGAAUCAGGAAACUGUGUGAUGUCAGGGGCUGUGUAACACAUUCACUUGUGUUAAACUGUUCAGUAGCAAAACCAUGGAUCAGCUAAUAAAUGUAGCAAAAUGGCACUUUUAAACAAAAGUUUUAAUUUAAUUUUCUUUUUAAAAAGACUCUUACGUACUUAUAACAAAAAGAGCAGAAAGGACGAGAUGUCAGCACCUCCCCUUUGAACCGUUGAGCAUUAUAGUGCAGAAGUAAACGUGAUCUUUACUGUUGGCAGGUGAAACUAUGAAUGGACUUACUAUUUCAUGUACAUUUGUGAAAAUGUAUUCAGUCAUGAAUCACAGUGCACCAUACCAAAAAGGAUCAGUUCCUGUUUAGUUGUAAUUCUGAUCUGCUAUGCAAUUCUUUCUCCAUUUUUGUUUUUCCUUCAGAAUUGUUCUAUUCUGUUGCAACCCACAAUAUAAGCUUGUUUUAUUGCUUGUAAAAAAAAAUGUUCCUGUGUAAAUAUCCAAGAGGAUAUUUUGUGUCAAAAUGCCAAGAUACAGUAAAAAAAAGCUUAUGAUUUUUAAAAGAUAAUAGAAACACUUAUGAUUUACUUUAACAACUGAUAUACAGAUGGAAAAAUCAGUAUUUUAUUAGUCUUUUUUUGUUUUGCUUCAAACUAAUGUUCUUCUCAGGCAGAGCCUUUUGAGUGAUCGAGCUGCAUCAGUCUGUUGCAGCUCCUUGUCAAAACGGCAAAGUUGGAGCACUCGGAAUGGGGCGAUGGUAUUGUUAGGACCCUUCUCAACCACAACCAUGAAAGACAGUAUAGAUUUAUUUUGUUAUAAAAUAUAUAUGUUCCCACAUGAGAAUAUAUGAGAGUAUAGACCGGUGUUUUCGACUGAUAGAUAUUGUUCUUAAAGAUCACUAUACAUUUGUCCACUUAGUAUUUUUCUGUAUCAGAAAAUCACUGUGCUUACAUGGGUGGAUCAGCUCAUUUCAGAUACUCUGUAAAUCACUAUUCAAAGAGAACACGUGCCACGUGGAAUCCUCAUUUUACAUUUAUCUUUGUUUUUUUGCUUCUCAGCUGAUUGGUACAUGUGUGUAGGCCCAAUAAAACGGUGGCCACCACAACUUUUUUUUUCUCGUCAUCCCUUGUUAAUGAAAUCUAUUUAAUGUGAAAAGUUGCAAAUUGAAUAAUUCGAGAUAAAGACUAGACUGUCUUGUUCAUAGUACCGUGAAAUGAUUCAGAUGGUUUAUUCGUCCUGCAAAAUGUAGGCCUGGUCAGCACAGCAGCUGUCGAGCUGAUCUGUUCAUAUAUCUUUGCAUAACAAAUUUGUUGUCAGUGUAAUCUUGAUUAUCGCCGCCGCUGCCUUCGGCACAAGUAAAUAAGUAUUUGUAGGUGAAACGGGGUUUAUGCCUCCUGUCAAAUGAAAUGUGAACAACAAACGAUACCUGUGAUUGAAAUAAAGUAAGUGACAUUGCCACAUGAUGACAAAUCCCCCAAAACGGCAGGAUUGUUGUACAGCAACAAGUAAAAAAGUGUUGUAGAUACAUUUGACCAAUUAUUCAUCCAAGAUUAAUUAGUAGCACAUUGAUAUUAACCAUCAUUUAUCUUAGGUUUUUAUUAGUUCUGUCGAAGCCAUUAACAGAUGUUUUUGGAUUGUGUCAUAACUGACAUUUCUUCUAAUAGUAGUCAUCGUACUGAAAUUAACCUCCUCAACAACAGCUGGCAUGAAUUUUGUUAUUUGUUGUUCAAAUAUAUUCUUCACCAUUAUUUUUUUUCUUCGCCUCAAUUUCUGGGUUGUAUGAUCAUUUUAGGUGUUUUUUUUUUUAUUUUUAUUUUAUUUUUAAGGCUCAUCUUUUGUGUCCCUAACGUGAUAAUUGGAUAAAGAUUCACCAGUGUUCCCCAGUUUUGCUUCAAAAUCUGUAUUGGGCUUUGUUAAAAAAUGAAAUAAAACACUUCUUUAUAAAGCAA